AUGAUGGCGCCGCCCGCUCUUCCGCUCCAUCGCCAUCAAUCAUCUCUCGAAGGCAUCAUCGACUUCUCAUCCCGACAACCUUUGUCUGAGUCCCAUCGAGCCUCUGCUAUCCGUCGGUUUUAUCACGUCAUCAAUCAUUUUGACAGUGAAGAUGUGAAACGAGGUCAAGACCAAUACGACAGAGUGAAACUUGUUCGCUUUACUUACGAGUAUUCCACCAAUCAGGAGUCCAAAGACAACGUGUUGAUCGCUGUGUUUGAGUUUUUGAACCUAUCUGUAUCAUCAGAAGAGGAUAUCGACUUUGAAGAUGUCACAUACCGAGAGCAGCUUAAGGCUCAUCUGUAUAAGUUCGCAGACUACCUAGUGGACAACUUCUUUCUUCCACCAGUCAAAGCAUCCACCAAGAAGACACCACAACCCACACCAGCAUCUCACUCAGCUGUCAUGAAAACCCAACGCCAGAACCACAUAUUUUCUGGAACACCGGAGCGUCUAGCCAAUCUAAGAGCUGAGGCCUUAAAGCGUUCCCGUCGACCAGGUGGUUGGAAUGAGGCUCUUGACCAGGACAGCGCUCCUCUGCUUGGCCAAAAAUUCGCCCGUCUAGAGGUCGCACACAUUAUUCCACAUUCUCUCACACAACUUAAUUCCUCUAGAGAGCUAAACCCUUCGAAAAUUGCCGCACUGGCAAUACUUAAUAUGUUUGACAGUGGUGUGGCGUUCUUGAUCGAGGGAGUUGGCAUUGAUCGCCCAGGCAAUGCUUUGACGCUGAGCCAUGAUCUUCACAUGUCUUUUGGUGACUUCCAGUUAUCCUUUAUCUUAUCGGUUCACUCCGACAUAAUGCAUGAACUCAUUUCGCGUCUUACUCUUCUGCUCGAAACAUCCCAGCAUGCAGCUUGUCAGAGUUGUGGCACUGGUCUUCUCAACGCCACGCAUCACCAUGCACAGGUGGCUAGACUCCAUGACGACGGCAACACCUUGAGGCCUGAGGAUUUCCAUGAUGGCAUGAGCGACCUGCUUGGUCAGGCGCUCCUGGAUCUGUAA